GCGAGAGUGAACAAGUUCAAGUUCAAACAGCUGAUCCAGUUUGUUUUGAGUUUUCAUAUGAUAUAACGAAGUCAAAAUAAGAUAUUCGGGCUAAAGGACGCAUCCAGGAUGUUCCAGGUGUGGCGUCCACUGAUCCUUAUGCGGAGCCUGAACCUGGGCCAACGGCAGCAUAUGAGCCACUACGAUGCCCUCGGAAUUGCACAAAAAUGCACCCAGAACGAGAUAAAGGCAGCUUACUACAAGCUAUCGAUGCUAUAUCAUCCGGACAGGAAUCAGGGCAGCGAGAGUGCUGCCAAGAAGUUCCGGGAAAUCAAUCAGGCUUACGAGGUCCUUGGAAACUACCGUCUCCGCCGCCUUUACGAUAAGGGGAUUGUGCAUACAGCGGGCGCCCAAUAUGCUCAGGAUAUCCACGAUGUGGCGGAACCCGUGGUGGAAGACGACCCCGAAACCAAGUUCUACAAAUCUCGUUUCCAGAAAUCACGUGUGGCGGACUCGGAGGGUCGAACCCCAAUUUAUAAUUUCGACGAGUGGUCUCGUAAUCACUAUGGCAAGUCCUUUGACCGGAGACAGGCUGCCCAGGCCAAAUACGAUCGAAUCAGGGUGCAAAAGGAGACAAACAAGAUGUCCGGCCAGACGGACCUGGUAAUGCUCGCCUUGAUUUUCGCAGGUAUUGCCAUUUAUCUGAUGUUCCUCGCCGAGAGCUCCUAUGACACGCCCAAACACAGGGCGGAGGAAAGGCACAGACGAGAUCGGGAAGAGCGGGAGCAACAGGCGGGCAAGACGCAAUCUUAGAGUACUCUAACCCACAGUGUACAUAGAGUUAAGUUUAAUCAAUUAAAUGAAAAGGCUAUUUUUGUGAAUAAGAAA